AAAAGAACUGUUGGGAAACAAAACAGUUAAUUAGAACAGCUACUAAGACCAACCGUUGAUGCUUUGACUCCCUAAGAGGAGACAAUGCAGCCCGCGGCCUCAGGUCGGCUCGUGGCCCGGAAGGCCUGCCUCCUUCCCUAAGGUUAGGCGAAGAAAGCCGGAACUGGAGGCUCAGGCGGUGACGUACAUUUCCGGUUUGAUGACCUUAACGCGCGACUGCCCGCGACUGUCGUGAGGACUCGGGGUCGUUUGGCGCGGUGGCCCGCCACCUCAGGCCUCCAGAGUGCCAUGAGGUCGGUUAGCUACGUGCAGCGCGUGGCGCUGGACUUCAGCGGGAGCCUUUUCCCGCACGCCAUCUGCCUCGGAGACGUCGAUAACGACGCGUUAAAUGAACUAGUGGUGGGAGACACCAGUGGAAAACUGUCUGUGUAUAAGAACGAUGACAGCCGACCAUGGCUCACCUGCUCCUGCCAGGGAAUGUUGACUUGUGUUGGGGUCGGAGACGUGUGUAAUAAAGGAAAGAACCUGGUGGUGGCCGUCAGCGCAGAGGGCUGGCUUCACUUAUUUGACCUGACAUCCACCAAGGCUCUGGAUGCUUCUGGGCACCAUGAGACUCUUGGAGAGGAACAGCGUCCUGUCUUCAAGCAGCAUAUCCCAGCCAACACCAAGGUCAUGCUGAUCAGCGACAUCGGUGGGCAUGAGCAGCCAAGGAAUGGAGACGGGUGUUACGAGCUGGUGGUAGGGUACACAGACCGUGUGGUACGGGCCUUCCGCUGGGAAGAGCUGGCUGAGGGGCCUGAACACCUGACAGGGCAACUGGUGUCCCUCAAGAAGUGGAUGCUGGAGGGUCAGGUCGACAGUCUCUCUGUGACCCCAGGGCCUCUGGGUGUGCCUGAGCUGGUUGUGUCACAGCCAGGGUGUGCUUACGCAGUUCUGCUCUGUACCUGGAACAAGGAUACUGACUCCCCUCCCGCCUCUGAGGAGGCCACAGGAGACAGUAGGGAAACCCCAGCUGCUCGAGACAUAGUGCUGCACCAGACAUCUGGCCGGAUCCACAACAAGAACGUUUCCACUCACCUAAUUGGCAACAUCAAACAAGGUCAUAGCCCUGAAACUGGUAACUCAGGCCUCUUUGCCCUGUGCACCCUAGAUGGGACGCUGAAGCUGAUGCAAGAAGCCGAUAAGCUGUUGUGGUCGGUACAGGUGGAUCACCAGCUCUUUGCCCUGGAGAAGCUGGAUGUCACGGGCAAUGGGCUUGAGGAGGUGGUAGCGUGUGCCUGGGAUGGGCAGACAUAUAUCAUUGAUCACAACCGCACCGUCGUCCGCUUCCAGGUGGAUGAAAAUAUCCGUGCCUUCUGUGCAGGCCAGUAUGCUUGCAAAGAGGGUCGCAACAGUCCCUGCUUGGUAUAUGUCACUUUCAAUCAGAAGAUCUAUGUGUACUGGGAUGUGCAGCUGGAGCGGAUGGAGUCCACUAAUCUGCUGAAGCUCCUGGAGGCUGAGCCUGAGUACCACAGCCUACUGCAGGAGCUGGGUGUGGAUCCUGAUGAUCUCCCUGCAGUCCGUACCCUGCUUCACCAGACUCUCUACCAUCCGGACCAACUACCACAGUGUACCCCCUCAAGCUCCCAGGACCCCACCUAGCUGGACUUGUCCACUUAGCUGGUGAAGGAUCCUUCUGAGCCCCACCCUACCCCAAAGUUGAUCCAUGAUCUUGGCCGGAUGGGGAGUGCACAUUACAGAGGAGCAGGACCUGGUUCUCGGCGGCGUGGAAGGACGGUGGCACCCCUGAGAGCCUCUGAUGGGUGCCCCCUGGUUGCCAUCCGCAUCCCAGGAUCCCAGUCUUGCAAAUAACCCAGGUCCCUGUGCUUCCCUCCCCAUGUUCUUACUCUGAUUGCAGAAAACAGACUUGUUUGUGAGAA